AUGGGUAUAUUUGAUUCAGUUCCGCACCUAAUGGUGUGGACGGUAGCAUUGGUAGCAUGGCUUUGGUGCUGGACCGCCAUGGACGUCGGGGUUCCAGUUUGGUUGCGCCACCUGUUGCCGCCGGCUACCGUGGAAUUUCAUCAUCCUCUUCAAACCACACCUGCAGUAGCAGACGUACCAGUACUCAACAAAGACAUAGGUCAUCAUCAUCGCCAUGAACCAGCUGCAGAACCGCCCACACUCCUAACCCACCCAAGAGAAGAAGAAGAAGAAGAAGAAAGUGAUGGUGAAGACCCACAACACAAUAUUAAUGUCCUCUUCCUUAAUUAUCCCACCAUGACAUUUAACACCGGCGGCAACGUCACCAAGGGGGAUUACAAGCAAUUCUUGAAAAACAUUCGAGAACAUGUGGUAAAUCCAGGAGAUACAAGGCACGGAAUACCGGUGCUGCGCAAUCCGUCCACCGUGCCCGAUAACCAGCGGUUUCUCCUCGUGCAACUCACGAACCACGAAGGGAAUUCCGCAACGCUGGCUAUCGACAUUACUAAUAUGUACGUGGUGGCUUAUCGAGUUGGAACCCAAUCCUUCUUCUUUCGAGAUGCUCCAGAAGCUGCAACUAAUCUUUUCACAGAUACACAGCAAUCUACCCUCAACUACACCAGCAGCUACGGGCAGCUAUUAACAUAUGCACAUUUACACGAACUAACUGAUAUUAAUGUCGGAAUCCGAGAGCUAGAUGCAUCUGUCGACGCCUUGAUCGAGCACUCCGGUUUGCAUGUGGAUCAAACCGUGGUGGCUCGUUCCAUCAUAACUUGCAUUAUGAUGAUUUCAGAGGCAGUGCGGUUCCGAUAUGUCGAGCAAUAUGUGGCCCAAACCAUUAGGCCAGGAGAUUAUGGUAGUAUUCUCCCAAAUGCCGCCAUAGCUCGCCUCGUACGACGCUGGGAUCGUCUAUCCCAAGGAAUCCAACGAUCCGACGAAGAUGGCGUGUUUCCCCGAUCAGUGGACUUACAAAGACCCGACUACACCCAUUUCCAAGUGACCAACGUCAUGCCGGACAUAGUUGCCAUCAUGGGGAUCAUGAUGUUCGUCUGCCAAAAACCACAGACUUCUCGGUCGUCUCCCACCUUGGUAAUAAGGCCGCCUCCACUGGCAACACACGAUAACUACACUUGUCAAGAUCUGGAGCCCACGGUGCGCAUCAUUGGUCGGAAUGCACUAUGUGCUGAUGUGAAUGACGGAUCUUUCUACAACCGUGACCCAAUAAUUCUCCGGCCCUGUAAAUCCGAUGCAGUUGCGAACCAGCUCUGGACCUUGAAAAGAGAUGGGACCAUUCGAUCUAAUGGCAAGUGUUUGACUGCUAAUGGUUACAGUCCUGGGUCCUAUGUGAUGAUUUUUGAUUGCGUUGAUGCCGUACCUGAUGCCACCCGCUGGGAAAUGUGGGAUAAUGGAACCAUCACAAAUCUCGGGUCUGAGCUUGUUUUGAGUGCAGAGUUAGGAACUAGCGGGACCAGGCUCACCGUCGAGCCCAAUAGCAAAUCAUCUCGUCAAGGUUGGCUGGCUACGAAUAGUUCGGAGCCUUUUGUGAGUUCCAUUGUUGGGUUUAAGGAUUUCUGCUUGCAAGCAAAUGGAAAUGAUGUGUUGUUGCAGAAAUGUGUGAACGACAAGGCAGAACAAGACUGGGCCCUCUUUCCGGAUCGUUCUAUUAGGCCUCAUCAGAACCGAGACCUUUGUCUCUCUUGUGAUGUUGACGAAUCCGAAGAGCUCAAUGUCGUCAGUAUUCGUAGUUGCAUUGCUGCUUCAUCUGGCCAACACUGGAUAUUCACAAAUAAUGGCAACAUUUUAAACUCGUACACUAGAUUGGUAAUGGAUGUGAGAAGGUCUGACAAAAUAAUUAUGUCAUCCCCCACGGGAAAACCUAGUCAGAAGUGGCUUCCCCUAUUUUAA